CAUAUGAAACUAAAACAUAAAAAUUUGUUCCAGCUAAUGUUUAAUUUGUUGUCCACUUGAUUCAAUGCGUCCUUUGCAAUAAACAUUGUUGUUACAAGGUGUCUCAAUUAGAAACAAUGACGACAACAUAAAUUUUUUAUUUGAUUUCUCAGAAAUUGUUUUUUCCCUAAUCCACAAGAAGCUGGACAUACCUAGUAACGAGACAUGGCUUCAACAAGACGGGGCACUUUCUCACUUUGCCAUCGCCGUUCGACAAUUUCUUGAUGCAACUUUUCCUAACAGAUGGAUUGGACGAAGACGACCCCGAUUGAGUGGCCACCAAAGUCACCGGAUAUAACCCCAUUAGAUUUUUUCUUAUGGGGCUAUUUGAUGUCGAAAGUUUAUGUGUUUAAUACCAGAAUGUGAAAUACAUAAUACCCAACAAUUUCAGCCAGAAUUUCUUAAGAACGUUGUGCCAUACAGAGCAGGCCUACCAGACAAAUGCUUAAGAUACAACUACACAUUAUAUGUAAACAAAUCUGAUUUUCAAGUUAAUAAGAAAGAGUGUCAAAAUAGAGAUACAAAUGAAACUAUUAAGUGCAACCAAUUUGUGUUUGAAAGACCAAAACUCACCAUUGUACAUGAGUUUAAUAUUUUCUGUAUCGACAACCUCUGGAAAUUAACUCUGGUUGGAACAAUUAACGUUAUAGGGGAGUUAAUAAACCUUUCUUAUACAGGAUUUUUAUCUGACAGAUAUGGUCGUAAUACUAUUAUGUCAGCAAGUGUAUUUCUUAGUGCUCUCUGUGGCAUAUGCAAAUCUUUUUCUCAAAAUUACUACACUUUUAUCAGUUUUGAAUUUCUGGAUACUGCUUUAGGAGGAGCAAUGUAUGGAGCUGCCUUUGUCUUAGCCAUGGAAUUAGUGACUGCUAACGAUCGAGAUAUAGCGAAUGUGAUUAUAAGCUGUAUAUAUGCGUUGGGGCAAGUAGUACUUGGAGCUGUAGCAUGGCUAACACCUAACUGGAGGGUCAUGGUUAGAUCCCUUUAUUUCCCUGGACUGUUUUCCAUCUUCAUAUGGAUCUUUUUACCCGAAUCUGUAAGGUGGUUAUUAUCGAAACGAAAACAUCAUGAAGCUAUAGCAGUACUAAGCAAAAUAGCUUCUGUUAAUGGAAAUAGGUUAUCCCUAGAAGAAACACAAAGUUUGGAAAAUAAAUGGAUAAAUAUGAAACAUGAUGGUUUUGAAGAAACUAAUUUUUGUGAGCAAACUAAAACGAAAAAUGAAUCAUUUUGGACGGUACUAAAGACACCACUGUUGCUUGCAAGAACUAUUCACUGCUCACUAACAUGGGUAUGUUGCACUUUUGUGUUUUACGGUCUGACUAUCCAUUCGGUGGAAAUAUCGAAAAACAUCCACCUAAGUUUUAUACUCGGCGCGAUCGCAGAGACACCUGGCUACGUAAUAUAUUACUACGCCAAUGCGAAAUCGGGCCGGCGAAAACUGAUGUUCGCCAGCCUUGUUUCAGGAGGUCUCUUCUGCUUGGCUGUGGGAUUCUUGCCAGAAGGAUGGCUUAAGCUCGCCACUUUUUUUGGUGGUAAAUGUAGCUUAACAAUUGCAUAUACUGUAUUAUACGUGUAUACAACUGAGCUUUUUCCUACCUCUUCCAGACAUGCAAUGUUUUCCAUUUGUUCAAUGUUUGGUAGGAUUGGUUCAAUGGUUGCUCCACAAAUUCCUUUAUUAGCAAACAUCUCGAAAACUCUUCCCAUUUUUCUCUUUAGUGCGAUGUCUUUUAUGUUUGGAUUUUUAGCUUUGUUAUUGCCAGAAACUUAUAAUAUACAUCUGCCUCAUACUGUAGAAGAAGCUGUAACUAUAGGAAGAAAACUAGAGAUUUGACGAUAGUAAUAAUAGUUUUUUAUAUUGUUAUAUUAUUAUUAAAAAGGAUUUAUUAAAAAGUUA